AUGUAUGUUAACAUGAUGUUCUGGAUUUUUAUCUUCUGGCUCUUGUAUAUUCCCAAUUUUGUCUCAGCCUUUUCUGACAAUGAUUGCUAUGUAGCCAUAAAGGACAAUUUUUACCAUCAAGGAGAUCUGAUGAUUGGUGCAUUUUUUCCUCUUCAUAUUUAUUACACACGGAAUCAUGUUCCUGAUAUAAAGAACCCAUAUUUUUUUCAGGAUAUUCAUGUACAGUAUAAAUUUAAGAACUACCAGUUUGUUCUGGCCCUGGUAUUUGCCAUUGAGGAGAUCAACAGAAAUCCUCAUCUACUACCCAACACAACUCUGGGCUUUGAGCUACGUAACAUUGGAUUUAUUGAAAAGAGUAUACUUCUUGGCCCCUUUUUUUGGAUCACAAGGAUGAGCAAACCUCUACUUAAUUACAAUUGUGUAAGGAAGAGAAUGUCACCUGCUGCACUCACAGGAACAUCAUGGGCAACAUCUGCUCACAUUGGGACACUACUACAAAUCUACAGAAUACCUCAGUUCACUUUUGGGCCUUUUGAUUCUACCUUGAAUGACCAAGGUCAGUUUAAUUCUCUCUAUCAGAUGGCUCCCAAGGACACAUAUCUUUCACUUGCCAUAGUCUCUUUGCUGCUUCAUUUCAGAUGGUCCUGGGUUGGUCUGAUCCUCCCAGAUGACCACAGAGGGAAUCAGAUGCUGUCAGACUUGAGAAAAGAUAUGGAGAGUAAUGGCAUCUGCAUAGCCUUUUUGAAAUUGAUCUCUGGCACCAUGAAUUCACUUUCUAAGGAAUUAUGGAAAAAUCUAGAGGAGAUUCAGGAAUCCUCAGCAAAUGUGAUAGUUAUUUAUGGAGACAUUGGAUCUUCACAAGGCUUAAUGCGACACAUUGGGCAUCUGUUUAUGACAGGGAAAGUCUGGGUCUUAAACUCUCAGUGGGAUGCUGUCAGCCAUGCUGAUUAUUUCAUGGUAGACUCAUUUCAUGGGAGUCUCCUUUUUACACACCAUCAUAAAGAGAUGGUUGAGUUUACAAAUUUUAUUCAAACAGUUAAUCCCUACAAAUACCCUGAAGACACUUAUCUUCCCAAGUUUUGGUAUUUGUUCUUCAAGUGCUCAUUUUCUAAACGUGACUGUCAACUUUUGGAAAACUGCCUGCCCAAUGCGUCUUUGGAGUUACUGCCUAGACACAUUUUUGACCCAGCCAUGAGUGAAGAGAGCUACAAUAUAUACAAUGCUGUGUAUGCUCUGGCCUACAGUCUCCAUAAGAUGAACCUUCAGCAAAUACAGAUGCAACCAUAUGCUAAUGGAAAAGAAAUGGAAUUCUUCCCCUGGAAGCUUCACCCUUUCCUAAAGAACACCCUUCUGGAAAAUCAUGUGAGCAGUCACACAUUUAUGGUUGAGGGAAGAAACUUAGACUCAGUGUAUGACAUUCUCAACUUUUGGAAUUUUCCAAAGGGUCUUGGAUUAAAGGUGAAAGUAGGAAACUUUUCUCCACAUGCUCCCCAGAGACAACAAUUGUCUUUAUCUGAACAGUUGAUUCAAUGGCCAACAAGGUUUACAAAGAUUCCUCAGUCUGUGUGCAGUGAGAGCUGUAAACCAGGAUUCAGAAAAGCUGCCCAGGAAGGCAAGGCUGUCUGCUGCUUUGAUUGCACUCCUUGUGCAGAAAAUGAGAUUUCAAAUGAGACAGAUAUGGACCAGUGUGUGAAGUGUCCAGAAAGUCACUAUGCAGACCCAAAGAAGAACCACUGUCUCAAGAAAACUGUGAGCUUUUUGGCCUACAAAGACCCCUUGGGGAUGGCUCUCACCAUCACAGCACUGUGCUUCUCUGCACUCACAGCUGCGGUCCUAGUAGUCUUUGUGAAAUACAGAGACACAGCCAUUGUCAAGGCCAAUAAUCGGGCUCUCAGCUACACCCUGCUCUUGACACUCAUCAUCUGUUUCCUCAGUUCCUUGCUCUUUAUUGGCCACCCCAACACAGCCACCUGCAUAAUGCAGCAGACAGCAUUUGGGAUUUUGUUCACUGUGGCUCUCUCCACAGUGUUGGCCAAAGCUAUCACAGUGGUUAUUGCAUUCAAGGUCACUGUACCAGCUAGACUGGUAAGGUGGUUAAUGGUAUCAAGAGCCCCUAAUUUCAUCAUUCCUUUCUGCACACUGAUCCAACUUAUUCUCUGUGGAGUCUGGUUGUUUAUCUCUCCACCCUUCCUUGAUCAAGAUGCAAAUGCAGAACAUGCCCACAUCAUCAUUGUGUGCAACAAGGGUUCAGCAGUUGCUUUCCACUGUGUCCUGGGAUACCUCUGCUCCUUGGCACUUGGGAGUUACACCAUGGCCUUCUUGUCCAGGAAUCUGCCUGACACAUUCAAUGAAGCCAAGUUUCUGUCAUUCAGCAUGCAGGUAUUCUUCUGUGUGUGGGUCACCUUCCUCCCAGUCUACCACAGCACAAAGGGGAAGGUCAUGGUGGCUAUGGAAGUCUUCUCUAUCUUGGCUUCCAGUGCAGCACUCCUUGGCUUGAUCUUUGCCCCCAAGUGCUACAUCAUUUUGAUAAGGCCAGAUAAGAACUGCUGUGUUGACAUAAGGCACAAAACUCAUUCAAGAAGGAAUAUUCAUUUCAAAUGUAAUUAA